CCGCCACGUUUGGGACACUAUGUUCUGGGAAGUCUUCGAAGAAAGACACAAAGGGUAAAUGUAUAUGUCAUAAUUAAUGUGAACGACGGAGAGAUUAAGUGUCAGUGAGCGGCAGUUUUAUUCGUGUCAGGGUAAACUCGUCUUCAGUGACUUUUGAAGAUUCGCGGACUAGCUUAGCUAACUAGCUGGUAACAAAGAGACCCGGAAGUUAGCAACACAUCGCUACACGCAGACACCAAGUGUAAAGUGUUUGCGUCAAAAUGUGUAAAGUACAAAUGCUGAGAGCGUUGGUGAAUCAGCGGCUAACUGCGGCAGUCGAAGAAAUAUUCGUAGUGUUGGAAAGAACCAUAGCAGAGUACGAGGAGGAACUUUCUCGAACUAAAGAGGAGAACGAGCGACAACGUCAACUACUGGACGCCGUUUUCAAGAAGCAUCAAGUUGUGUUACACAGAACAGUGUUUCCUGCCUCCCGCCCAAACGGUCUGUGUAAUUUGCUCCAACCUCGGCCGUCCUCCAGGUACGCCUCCCGUCGAGCCCGCUCCGCUGUGAUUGGUCACACUCCCAAGCGUUUCCCAGGACUUCCGGACAGAUGUCUGUGAACAACAUCUUCCACCUGAGCAGCAGGAGGGGCACUCGAGGAUGGAGCAGGAGGCACCACAGUUUCCCCACAUGAAAGAGGGAGAGAAAGAACCACAGACCCCCAACAUUAAAGAGGAAGUAGAGGAGCCACGGCCCCACAACAUUAAAGAGGAAGAAGAGGAGCCACAGCCCCCCCACAUUAAAGAGGAAGAGGAGGAUCACAGCAUCAGUCAGGAGGGAGAGCAUCUUGAAGCACUGGAUGAGUUCCCAGUGAUUGGUGUCUCUGUGAAGAGUGAAGAUAAUGAAGGUGAAAGUGAGGAGAAAAGAGAGGUGGAGCCUCCAAGCAGCAGCUCAACUCAACACAUGACAACAGAAGCUGAUGGAGACCACUGUGGAGGAUCACAAGCACACAACCUCUUAGCUCCACUAUCAGAUAGUGACGACACAACGUCACACUCUCCUGACACUGAUGAUGAAGACUCUAAAGCUGAUUUGACAUGUCACACUGACAAUGCAUGCUGGAAAUGCUCUCAGUGUGACAAAACUUUUAAUCACCGUCGUAAUCUUAAACGGCACAUGAGAAUACACACUGACAACACACACUUUGAAUGCUCUCAAUGUGACAAAACCUUUAAACACCGUCGUAGUGUUAAAAGACACAUGAGAAUACACACUGACAGCACACACUUUGAAUGCUCUCAAUGUGCCAAAACCUUUAAACACCGUCGUAGUCUUGAAACACACAUGAGAAUACACAAUGACAACACACACUUCAAAUGCCCUCAUUGUGACAAAACCUUUCUUCACAAGGGAACUCUGAACAGACACGUGAGACAACACACAGGAGAGAAACCUUUCACCUGCUCAGUUUGUGGUAGAAGAUUCUCUCUGCUGUCAAAUUUGAAAGUACACACAAGAUUGCAUGCUGGAGAGAAACCUUUUACUUGCACAGUGUGUGGUAAAAGAUACUUUCAAAAAGCCGACUUAAAAAGACACGCAAGAAUACACACUGGAGAGAAACCUUUUCUUUGCUCAGUUUGUGGUAAAGGAUUCAUUUAUAAGUCACUUUUGAAAGAACAUACCAGAAUACACACUGGAGAGAAACCUUUUCCUUGUUCGGUGUGUGGUAAAAGAUUCCACCAUAAAGGUAAUUUAAAAACACACAUAAGAACACACACUGGAGAGAAACCUUUUUCUUGUUCGGUUUGUGGUAAAAGUUUUGCUCAAAAAGCUGCUUUUAAUCGACACACAGGAAUACACACUGGAGAGAGACCCUUUCCUUGCACGGUAUGCGGUAAAAGAUUCUUUCUCAAUGGUGAUUUAAAAAGACACACUAGAACACACACUGGAGAGAUACCGUUAUCCUGCGCAGUAUGCGGUAAAACUUUCUUGAGGAUGAUAACUUUGAUUAGACACACAAUGACUCACAUUAUGGAAAAUAACUUUACUUGUUCAGUAUGUGGGCAGCAAUUCCCAAAUAGUACAGACUUGACUGAACACAUAAGAAGCCACACUGGGGAGAAACUAGAAAACGUUUUUUAAAGAACGCAUUCAGCUGCAUUGCAAAGAACACAAUAAGGGUAGUACAAAUAAGCAAGGUCGUAUUACUCUUAAAAAAAACGAAAAGAAGAACUAAUAUUGCUAAAUGACAUUAUGCAAACCACCUUGGUCCGAGACCCAUAAGCAAAGAUGCUAGAUAGAAACUUAGCCGCAAAUGCAUGUCAUAAGUUUAGUUCCCCAUGGAGCAGAAAGUCUGCCAUGAUGGGAAGUUAUGCGCAGUAUUUACACUUUGAUGAAAUUAAUGAAUGCUAUUUACUCAACAGAAUGAAUAUAUAUGUACAUAUGUAAAUGUGUAAGAAUCCAUUGUACUGCACAAAUAAGACAUACAUGUAGAUGCCAAUAAAAACCUG